CGUAUAUCUGUGCACAGAUGAUCUAUGUUUAAUUGUUUAGCGCGAACGGCGAAAAUAAAAAUUUAAAAAGGAAACUCUAGUUUUAGUUUUACCUUAUAAUAGAUUGUCAAGAAGUUGUGAUAUUUUAAUUUCUAACUAUAAAUUCUAACGGCAACAAUAUAAGUAUGAAAUUCCGAGCCGUAAUGGUAGACGCAGGACCUAUGCGAGAGUUCACUAAUAUAGUUUCAACAAUAUCAAGAUUGUCCAAAGAAUGUAUCCUUAGAUUAUCUUCUGACAAACUUUAUUUAAUUGUGAGUGAAGAUAACAGUGGUCCAACUCCACCGAUGUUGUGGUGUGAAAUGCCUCAAUCAACUUUUUUUUUAGAGUAUCAAAUAGUUGGAGUAGAUGAUGAAUAUAAAGACAUCUACUUGGGUAUAGUGUCAGCUAAUUUAUCUAAGUCACUAGUAACAUUAAAAACUGCUAAAUGCUUAAAGAUGAAACUAACUAAAAAGCAGUGUCCAUGUCUCACACUAGAAAUUGAAAUGCCAUCAUCUACAUCACAACAGUCUAGGCAAGUAACCCAUGAUAUACCUGUGGUUGUGAUCCCAAGGAAAAUGUGGUCGGAGUUCCAUGAACCUCGGGUGCCCCAUCCUGAUAUUUCCAUAGAGCUGCCAGCAUUAAAACAACUACGUACAACCAUAGACCGUAUGAAAUGUAUGUGCCCUGAAGUUGUGAUACGAGCAUCUGCAGAAGGCAGAUUAACUUUGCAAAUAAAGACUGACUUGGCCAAAGUGUCUACGAGGUUUAAAGAUCUGAGAGUAGAGGCAUUUGAGGGUCCAAUUGAUCACUCAGAUUCUGAAACGGAAACUCAAAUAAUGGAAGAUAUGUCAAGAACAUGCUAUUGCAGGGUUGAUGCAAAAAAGUUUUCCAUGUUUCUAAGUGCAGAUCAAAUUUCACACAAUAGGACUAUUUGCUCAAUUGUGCAUAAAAAAUUAGUAAUUUUGUGCUUGCAAACAGAAGAAAAUGUGAAGUUACAGUGUUUUAUAACAGGGAUUGUGUAUUAAGUGUACUUUCAGAUUAAAGAUCUAUUUUCGAUGAUGAUAAUAAAUGGUUGAAUUUA